GCCGCUCCCUCUUCUCCCCUCCCCCUCCCUCUCCUCACCGUCUUCUCCCGGCCUAUUACUGCAACCGUUUUCUUCCUCACCCUGCACCGUUUUCUUCCCAUGUCUUCCCACCUGCAUGCAGCAGCGUCUGUCUGCCGCGGUCUUCUCACCGCCCUCUUCUCCUCUCCCCAUCGUCUUCUUUCCUAGCCAAGAUCUUAUUCUCCACCGUCUUCUUCCGCCUCCAUCUCCCCACCUUCUUCUUGCAGUAGCGUCUUCUUGCCGCGCUUUUCUCUCCCCGCAUCCCCUUCUUCCUUCUUCUUCUCCCCACCGUGUUCUCUCCCCACCUUCUCCCCGCACUGUCUUCUCCCUUCACCGUCUUCUCCAGGCGCCUUCCCCACAACCGUUUCCCGCGCCCCGCCCCCACCGUUUUCUUCCCCUGAAACCGUUUUCUUCCCCUGAAACCGUUUUCUUCCCAUGUCCUCCCACCUUCUCGCAGCAGCCUCUGUCUGGGGCGGUCUUCUUCCCACUCUCUUCUCUCCCUCUCCCCAUCCUCUUUAUUACCAGCGUCUUAUUCUCCACCGUCUUCUUCCCCUCCCCACCAUUCUCUGCCCAUUUCCGUCUCCCCACCUUCUCGCAGCAACGACUUCCUGCCGCGCUUUUCUCUCCCCGCACCCUCUUCUCGCCGCUUCCUCUCCCCACCGUCUUCGUCUUCUCGCCCACUCCCUUCUCCGCGCUCUCCCACUGCCUUUCACUUAGAAGCCCUCCACGCAUGCGCGCGCCUGUGUCCCUGCGCCCGGUGUGUCUCUGCGCCCAGGUAGACCCGUGAGCUGGGCCCCUGAGCUCCGCGCCAGCACCCUGCUGGAGACCCCGGAGAGUCGCUGCCUGUGCCACCGCGGCUGUCGCCGCCCCCGCCGCUACCUCAGAACUGAACAGUGUUGGCUGCGGGCGGAAGACAGUGGGGCCCAGAAGACUGCGGGGAGAGGGGGAGGAGGGGACGGAGAGGGUGGGAAAGACCUUGGAAAGUGAGAGGGGGGAGAAGAAGGUUCGGGGAAGAAGACUGGGGAGAAAGUGCAGGGAGAAGACAGUGUGGUAGGGAAGACAAUGGAGCAAAACGGUGAGGAGAGGGAGAAGGACGGUGGGAAAAAAAAACCGUGAGGACCAAGCCGGGCGCGGUGGCUCACGCCUGUAAUCCUAGCACUUUG